AGAUGGCUUCUUGAAACUGUCAACACAAAAAAAAUUGCUUAAACAUUUUCGGCUACUGUUUUGGUCAAACGGGACCUUCUAAAUUUUUCGUUUUGAGUUCGUUUCGAUUACAAAAUGGCACAAAAUCUCUCGGAGACGGUCGACAAAGUUUUCCCGACAUCCGGUCAGAUCAAUACCGAAAAUUUGCACCACUUGCUUCACGUGGUUGUUUUGAAUUUGAACGAAGCCAACGGAUUACGCACCGAUUACAAAUGUGCGCUAGACGGCCAAAAGCCGAUUUGCAAAGAGGCGGAAAAUCUUGCAGCGAUCCAGGGGAAAAUAAGGGAGCUGUGCGCGAUGACCGAAAUUCAAACCAAAACUCUGUCCGAGCUGGAACUGAAAGUUAGUACUUUGGAAGGUGAAGUCAUCAAAGGAAAAAAGUGUACCAGGUGUGGAAAAACAAUAGCUGGUGGAGCAGCCGAAAGUGGAGCUACCGAAAGUGGAGCUGCCGAUAGUGGGGCGAAAUCAUCCAGUAAAUCGCCCUGUAAGAAAACGAAAAGCGAUUGCAAUGUGGCCAAAUGUAAGCAAAGUGCUUCAAAUUGCGGUCCACCUUGCAGCAGCAGCAACAUCAAACCCGGUGGCCGCUCUCCCUGUGCCGACACCAAAGGCCAAAUCAAAAUACCGGAACUAGACGAAUGGGUGAGCACCCGGCUUCAAAAUUCCGCCAACAUUCCGGGGCUGAAGGAAAAAAUCGACAAGCUGAUCCAGCAGCAGAUGGGGAGCACGAUGAUGCCGGAACUGAAGCAACAGAUCGAGGCCUUGAUUGCGCAGACUACCCGGGCCAGCCAAAAGAAGGGCGUUCCGUUCUGUAUGUCCUGUCAAGAUCAGCCCGGCGCCGGAGGACGCCGGUCCUCCAAAACUCAACUGUUGAGCAGCGCCGAUUGCCUGUGCAUGGCCAAGCGGAAGCUGAAAAAUGCCUCCAAGAUGCAGGUGCGGGAAAGAAGUUGAAAAAGGUGAAGAUUGUUGGAGAAAAGUUGACACAAAAUUCCUACUUUCAUUUAAUAAAACUUAGUUGA